AGGCUGAGGAUUUCAUCAAUCCUGUUGAAACAGCCUUGCUCAUAUAAUAAUUUUCUUAUACCCCGCUUUUAGCAACAUCUACCUAUACCAUUAAACGCUCUUUUCCACUCUAGAGAGCCUGACACGACAUACCAUUGACCAUGCCCCAACAACAGGCAGUGCUGUUGUUGCAUAUGGCCCCAUCUUGGCAUCUGCUGGCUUCCCCGCUAGUUGACUUUCAGGGUCGGGAAAUUAAUUUGGCAGGUAUAAUGUGUAUGGAUGACUUUGUCCUCAUUCGACUUGCGUACUCUAUCCCAUCAAGCAGAGCUUCUUCCAUAUUUAUAUCAAACCCCCUGUUCAAUAUGCGCACACAGCCUCGCAGCCUCGUCUGCCGAGAUGUCCACUUAGUCUGGGGAAGAAGAAGAAGGAUUUAAACUAAAGAACGAGGACCUUAAUCCACAUCGCCCCUCUCUGCAAGGGAGCGAACACC